AUGACUAUACCGCGGAGGAAAAAGUCGAUAUCUCCGAUCAAACACCUGCCGAUUGACGUAUGGAGCCCAGCCCAGCGGGCGGUCGGGAGACGAAAUGUCCCUCCAAACCCCCGCGUCCUCCCCGCCCACCUCCACGCCUUCCACCCCUCCAGCGGCUCCUCAACACACACCGUCCGCAUCCUCGGAACGGUAACAGCCCUCCACGGCGACACCGCAACAAUAACAUGCGGGAAUAACGGCGACGUCACUCUCAUCCUGAAAUCAGACUCGCAUCUCCAAAUGGGAAAGUUAGUCGAGGUGGUGGGGAAAGUCACGGAAUUAGAGGGCGGGCAGGGCCUCGGGAUCCGUGUCCUGGCCACGACAGACUGGGGUAACCCUUCGGAUUGCGACUAUAAGAUCUACGAACACGUUGUCGAAGUGACGCAUAAGCUGAAGCCUAUAUUCUAUGAUUCCAAUGAAUAGAUGAGAAUCUCUUCUAUUUGUGCAAAUUUGCUGCGCGGUUUCAGAACUAUAUCUCACAAUUGACAUACCCUCUAUUCUGCGACAAGCCUGCGGAUAUGAUACCUAGAUUCUCUGAGAUGGAAGCCUAUGGAAUCUGUACGGAAACCAAUGGAUCAGGUUAACGCAGGAUGGUUGCUGUUCGUGGGAUUUACUUCUCAGACUCUUCUUUUCAAAGCUUCCUUUUUGCUUUACUGGAUGAAGCAAGGGCUAUAAUGGCAAUGAUAGCCAUUUGUAUCAAUUGCAUGUGCCAAUGACAGGCCGAGUCUUCAGCCUGCUGUUUGUAGUUGGUCAGGUCUUAAAGGUUGGUCUCAGUUGGAGUCAAAGUCAUACCAAGUCUACUUCUCAGUGGACUACAGCUGUA